UUUUUGUCAGUCUUUUGUAUCUCAGCAGCUGGAUUCAUUGCUGCCAUGGCAACAGACCACAUGAUGAGGUGUAUUAGAUUGCUGUGUUGAGCACAAGGGGAAGAAUGAACACAGCUUUUUAUUGAAGUUAAAGGUUACUUUGGAGUUUCUUCUGUGGAAGUGUGUAAGGUCCGGUAUCGUAGCGUUCAGCAGAUGUAGCACUUUCGCUGAAGAAUUAAGGGCAUGUUGGUGCAUUAAACUACAAAAACCAGAAUGAUUGAAGAUAGUGGGAAAAGAGGAAAUACCAUGGCAGAGAGAAGACAGCUGUUUGCAGAGAUGAGGGCUCAAGAUCUGGAUCGCAUCCGACUCUCCACCUACAGAACAGCAUGCAAGCUGAGAUUUGUGCAGAAGAAAUGCAAUUUGCACCUGGUGGACAUCUGGAACGUCAUCGAAGCAUUGCGGGAAAACGCUUUGAACAACCUGGACCCAAACAUAGAACUCAAUGUGGCCCGCCUGGAGGCUGUGCUCUCUACCAUUUUUUACCAGCUCAACAAACGGAUGCCAACCACCCACCAAAUUCAUGUGGAGCAGUCCAUCAGUCUCCUGCUGAACUUCCUGCUCGCAGCCUUUGACCCGGAAGGCCAUGGUAAAAUCUCAGUAUUUGCUGUCAAAAUGGCUUUGGCCACAUUGUGUGGAGGGAAGAUCAUGGACAAGUUAAGAUAUAUUUUCUCAAUGAUCUCUGACUCCAGUGGAGUGAUGGUUUAUGGGAGAUAUGACCAGUUCCUUCGGGAAGUUCUCAAACUUCCCACAGCGGUUUUUGAAGGUCCUUCGUUUGGUUACACAGAACAGUCAGCCAGAUCCUGUUUCUCCCAACAGAAAAAGGUCACAUUAAAGGGCUUCUUGGAUACGCUCAUGUCAGACCCUCCUCCACAGUGCCUGGUCUGGCUGCCUCUUCUGCAUCGACUGGCGAAUGUAGAAAAUGUCUUCCAUCCAGUUGAGUGUUCCUACUGUCAUAGUGAGAGCAUGAUGGGAUUUCGCUACCGAUGCCAACAAUGUCACAACUACCAGCUUUGCCAGGACUGUUUCUGGAGGGGCCAUGCAGGAGGUUCCCAUAGCAACCAGCACCAAAUGAAAGAGUAUACAUCAUGGAAAUCACCUGCUAAGAAGCUAACGAAUGCAUUAAGCAAGUCCCUGAGCUGUGCUUCAAGCCGUGAACCUUUGCAUCCCAUGUUCCCUGAUCAGCCUGAAAAGCCACUCAACUUGGCUCAUAUCGUGCCUCCAAGACCUGUAACCAGCAUGAAUGACACACUCUUCUCCCACUCAGUUCCCUCCUCAGGAAGUCCUUUCAUCACUAGGAGCUCUCCUCCCAAGGACAGUGAAGUAGAACAGAACAAAAUGCUGGCUAGGGCUGCUCCAGCCUUUCUGAAGGGCAAAGGGAUACAGUACAGCCUGAACGUGGCAGACAGGCUAGCUGAUGAACAUGUUCUCAUUGGGUUGUAUGUCAACAUGCUCCGGAACAACCCAUCAUGUAUGCUUGAGAGUUCAAACCGGCUUGAUGAAGAACACAGGCUGAUCGCCAGGUAUGCUGCACGCCUGGCAGCAGAGUCCUCCUCAUCUCAGCCAACUCAGCAGAGGAGUGCUCCUGACAUCUCCUUCACCAUCGAUGCAAAUAAGCAACAAAGGCAGCUGAUUGCAGAGCUAGAAAACAAGAACAGAGAAAUCUUACAAGAGAUCCAGAGACUUCGGCUAGAACAUGAGCAAGCUUCUCAGCCCACACCAGAGAAGGCUCAGCAGAACCCAACCUUGCUGGCAGAACUGCGGCUCCUCAGACAGCGCAAGGACGAGCUAGAACAGAGGAUGUCUGCUCUCCAGGAGAGCCGGAGAGAGCUGAUGGUCCAGUUGGAAGGUCUCAUGAAGCUACUGAAGACCCAGGGGGCGGGCUCCCCUCGCUCCUCCCCCAGCCACACCAUCAGCAGGCCAAUCCCCAUGCCCAUCCGGUCAGCAUCUGCCUGCUCCACACCAGCGCACACCCCUCAGGAUUCCCUCACUGGGGUAGGGGGAGAUGUGCAAGAGGCAUUUGCACAAAGUUCAAGAAGGAAUUUAAGGAAUGACUUGCUGGUAGCCGCAGAUUCCAUCACUAACACCAUGUCCUCUCUUGUGAAAGAGCUGAAUUCAGAGGUGGCGAGCGAAACAGAAAGCACUGUGGAUUCCGAAUUUGCAAGAACUCAGUUUGAAGGUCUGGUUCCAUCACCAACCUCUGAAAAAGCUUUUCUAGCCCAAAUCCACUCCCCAAAACCCAGGUACAUUCAUGGUGGAGCUACAAGUACCAGGCACGGUGACAUCGUCCCAGAAGACGGGGACCCUUAUGUGCAACACGAGGAUGAGAACUACGAGAAUGAGUCUGUGCGGCAGCUGGAGAAUGAGCUGCAGAUGGAGGAAUACCUGAAGCAGAAGCUGCAGGAUGAAGCCUACCAGGUCAGCUUGCAAGGCUGAAUGCAAUAUCCUUUUCUCACUCUCCUCUCAAGCAAGCUAUAGUCAGACAAAUGAUGAAAGUUACAUGACAUCCGGUGAUGGAGAGAGCUGCACCUACAAAGAGGAGGAAGACAGCAGCGUGGCAGCAGUCUCUCCCUCCCUGGGAGAGAGGAGCCACCACAUCCAGCAGCUCCAACAACCCCUCCCCUAAAGAUGUGUUCUGAUGCCUCUAGUGCAGCUAGCUUUCUGUUCUAAGAUUUGUUGGUCAUAGGUGUGUGUUUUAGAAGGGGGUGGGGGGACGAGACUUCUGUUCCUAGACAAUUUAUCAACUCCAUCUCCUGUAACAUGGCCCAUCCCAGGUUCAAAGCAAACAUCCACAGGUGGAGAGUCCGAUGCUGUUACACAGGACAGUAGUAUUAACGAGCGCUUUAAACCUUUGCACACAAUGUUGAACCCGUUCAGUUUACAAUGACAAUAUCAAUCUGUUUGUAGCUAGAAGUUGCAUUUCUGGAUUCUUUGAGAUUUUAGUAAAGACAGUUUUAUUAUAUACUAAACAUUUUCCCCCACAGCAAUUGAAGGGGGAAAACAGCAAUCUGCAAUAGGAUUUGGUUUCCGAGUGUCCACACUCAGAACCCAGAAGACAAGCAGAGUCCUUGGCCUGCCCAUGUCUCCAAGUCCCUCUGAGAAAUUACCUAAACCUACCACCCAGAAUAAUGGGUUCUUGGAGGCUUAUUUCCAACUUUUGGUUGUUUUCCUUCAAGGUACUCUAAUGAGUCAGCCAUAGAAUUUAAUGUAAAUACUUUUUCCAAAUAGAUAUCAUAUUCAAAGAGAGAGAGAGAAAGACAACAUUCAAAUGAUAUAGAAUCUAGUUUUUAAAAUCAGCACAGAUCUUCUUAAAAACUGUGAACUAUGUUUUGGAAUCCUCGUUACGAAAGCUGUUUAUAAACCACAGGUGCCAUAAGAUCCCCCAAUGGACUACAGUUAUCUGCACUCCUCCAGGUCUUGCUCUCCACAUUGUAUCCUUAGGAAGCAUGUCUUACCCAGCACUGCUCAUUGACAAGUUCUCUCAUCGGGUAGUUCCGAAGCCUUCAGCUUUAAAUGUAUGGGCUUACAGUGCGCUUGCAGACCUUCGCUCCCUCACUUUUCUUUCUGAAUGUUGAUUGCCUUACCUGGCCACCUGUUGUUCUGCAUGCAGCGUUGUGUGGUCAUGUGAAAGGAGACAGGCUCUUCCGUGUGGUACUGGUGUCUCACACCCAGUUUGAAGCUGGUGUGUGAAAGAACUGUCAAAGAC